UUUCAGAAUUAUGCCUGCAAGUUCGAGAUCAAACGCUUUGGCAAAUUUGGACCCUUCGCAAUUCAGCGAAGAAGUGAGGGCUCUCAUUGAAAAGGCCAGGAAGCCUCGUGUAAAUCCUUGUCCGCGCGGGAAAAGGAUUAUUCAUCCCGAUCAAGCUAGAGGGCUUCAUUUAAAUGACAGCCAGUUGAGUUCUCACAGCAUCGACACGACACUCAGCACUACUGCAAAUGAAUCAACUUUCGCUCCUCCCCGCCCUGUAAAACCACAGCCUUCAAAUGAUGGUCUUACGGAAAGAGAACGACGACGAAGAAAACUUAUAGAACGUCAGAAUCUUUACAAUCGGCAAGAAAUGGCUCUUGGUGGACAUCACGACAUUUUUAACGACCCGUGUCCGGAAUUCAAACCUCGCAAGGUCUCGGGAGAAGAUUCCAUCGCAAGCACGGAUGAUGAAUCUCAGCUCGAGGAUAACCAUCCACCUCCAGCUGCGUCAGAAUCUCAACUGCUGAUAAAUAAUGACGAAGAACACGUGGCGCGUUCAUCUCAAGGAAGAAUUGGACAAGGUUGUUCAACUCCACAGUGUAUGGCCAACAAUACGCUGGCUCCGCUUCGCGCAAUUGAUGUCUCGGCAGUUACACCGUACGAUGAACCCUCUGCUGAAAAUACUCCUCAAGUUGCUCAAGUACUACCAAAGUCUAAAAAUGAGAAACCAGCUGAAGCUGUCGAUGAAGAGAUGGUGGUUGACGAAGCCCCCACUCCUCUGGCUGCUCCCAACGAAGGCGAUUCCAUGGAGGAUGUUCUAUCCAUGAUGCGAGCUACGCCAAAAAGGGCUACUAUGACGAGAAGGACCACAUUGACAGCUUCUCUCUUGCACAUGGUGGAUGAUGCUCCAAGAAGGGAAGACUCGCACUCAGCUGCAGAAGAGGUGCAGAAUGCCACAUAUUCAGUCCAUAAAGACGGUACAUAUACCAUACCAAAUGCCGAUGCGUCAAAUAAUCAGCAUGCUGAAGUUUCUGCUCCUGCUAAUGCCACAUUCACGGUGAGCCCGAGGCAGGUGCCUUUGUCAGAGAAAACGGAAGUGGCUGCUCGCCCCAAGGAGCAAAAGCAAGCACAGGAUGAAGUCUCAUUUGCUGUUCCCGCUAUACCUAAGAGAAGAAGCAAGAACGCUUCUAAGACCACCUUGCAGGAGAGAGAAGAACGAGUUAACACUUCCCACAAGAAGAAUAUGUCGCUGUUAGAGGCAAUGGAUGUUGAUGUACCGUCUCCUGGGCGAGCUUUGUUUGCUGCUCGACCUUUGAAAAAGCCACGCACCUUGGCAAAGACUCCUGUUCGACCGAAGCAGCAAGAAAAUGAUGACACUAUGGAGGUUUCGAUUGUUAUGUCCGACAUCAGCGAGCAGCCAUCCGUCACUUCUGACGACAGCUCCGCAGUCGACCUGAACAGCGAUCCUAGACCUGCACAGCAGCAAACUCCAACACGUGCACCUGUACAGCAUACUCCGACUCGUACCACAGGAGUGAAGGUGACGAAAGGAACUUUAGGGCAUACGCCUCGUGUACCUCGAAACACCUUCUCCUCUCUUGCACACAACGAACAGAAUGUGACAUCGUCUAGCUCCUAUGCUGGCUUGUCUGCCGAUGCUAGAAUGGAAAUUAUAAAGAACAGUGUAGAACGUCUUUCGAAACCGAAACAAUUUACCGGAGGAGUUUGUCGAAGGGCGAAUAGCGGUAGAAGUACCCCUGCUUCUCCAUUUAGUCAGAGCGUUGAUGAAGUAACAUCUAUCGAGCCUGUCACGCCUUUUGAACCAAUUGACCCUUCGCGCAUGGUAGUACCAGAUGCAGCCAAAAGUGGAACUGUUCGUCGUGUGCCGAAACCCAGAAAUAUAAGGAAUAUGUCGUCAAAAGCUCUCUUUGCUGAAGAGGAGACACCGAAAAAUCUGCGUGCUAAUCUACUGAAACGAGCAGGAGAUUACAAGAAACCCAGGAGUGAUGGGGAUAGUCUUAUGCGUGUUUCGGAACCGCAGGCGCAGCCUGCAGUGACCGAAUCAGCCGUACAAUGCCCUUCGGGAGGUGAUUCGAAUGCAAGCAGCGUUACCGCCACAUCCGUAAACAAUGAAAGCUUGGUAGUGCCGCCUCCUCCACCUAACACUGCCGCGGAUGCCUCCUGUCUGUCGCCCCCUCAGGCUUCAAUUGAGGAAUGUGCCGUUCCAGUAGCAUCGAAUAUUUUGUCACCCGCUGACGAGAUGCUGGCCGUCGCCGCGCGCAGCCUCAGCCUUGAAGACUCUUCACCUAAUGGAGAUGGCCAAGGUAAUGCAAAUGUCAACGAUGCUCAUCUGCAAGUACAGUCUCAAAAACUGCUUGCUGAUAGCUUAUGCACCUUGAGUACGCCACAUAGAGCUGUUAAUGAGCAUUCAAAGCGCAGGUUAACAGUUGACUCCAUGGAUGAUGACGUUUUCGUACCGACCGAUUCUAUACCUUCUGGGAGUAGUGUGGAAGUUGGAAAUGACACUAUCGAAGUGCGUGUGUCAUCUCGUGCUGGUAGAAGAAAUCGCAAAAAGGAUACCGAAGUGAUGAUUCUGAAACCAAGGAAAGUCGUCCAUCCGCAACCACCAACGACACCAAACGUUCGACGUUCAACCAGAAAUCGUAUCAAGCCCGUACGCCAGUGGUUGGGCGAAGAACCUGUAUAUGCGAGAUCGCCUGGAGGCAGCAAGACUCUGGUAGGUGUUAACGAAGUGGAAGUGAAGGACAAACGUUGGGUAAAAGCAAGAACUGCCGACAUUUUUCUCGCUCAAGAACGCGAGAUGCGUUGGCGAGAGGCGCAGCGUCGCAGGCGUGAAGAACGAAAGAAAGAAGCUCAAAAGCGUAAGCUUGUAAGAAUUCAGCACUUGAAGAGUCUUCACGCAAGAGGUGAAAAUCUGGAGACAACAGUGGAUUCAAUCGUGACUAGCAGCGACGAGGAUGAUGAGAAUGAUGACAUUGAAGCGAUAGUGCAUGUACGCUAAUUGUCUACUUGUAACAUUUUUUUCUUGUAAAUAUAUGAUCUACAACUAACUACCUUUGCAUGUCAUCUGAAGUUUGUGUUCUAUAAGCAUAAAGAUCUCAAGUUCUAGACG